AUUUUUACUAUAAACUAUUGAGAGAGACACAUGAACACACACAACAAUUGUCAUGUUUCUUUUUUAUAUUCUUGUGAUCAUAGAAGCAUGAGUUGCAGCACUCCACCCUUCAGUUUCCUAUUUUUAUAAUACGAAGGACCUUAUUCUCUUAACGGAAACUGAAUAAUCAAACAUAAAACAAAAUUCAAGUGGGUCUACAAUUAUGUAGUCUGUUAAAAAACAAGAAAAAAAAUUACAUUGCGGAAGAUACAAUGAUAUAUAUUUAGAGAUUCGAACGCAGUUAUUUUAAAACUAACGCCCAAUACGCGGGAGAUUAGUGGACCAAGACGUUUCUUUUCAGGAACCCAUGACAGUACAUUGGCCGACGAUGCUCAAGGACCCGUAGCACACCUUCAAGGUGCAGUGCACUUGGUGUAGAAGCGUAAACACAUAGGAAAUGGCAGAUCGUGCCGAGGAUGCCUUAGAUUCUAGGCCGACGUGCUACUCCACUUCUCCUAGAUACGACGUGCAAUUCACUAAAACCGGAUGUACCCCAGUAUCCUGUAUUUGCAUAAUUGUCGCUUUUAUGUUCGUUGCGUUAGGAGCUGCCGCUGGAGUUUAUUUUGGACUUCAUUUUUUGGGAAUCGGAUCCGAUAAUAAUAAAAUAUUUAAAGGAAAAUUUAUCGUAACUAAUGGAGAUAAUUACACAAGACAGCUGGAUGAUGUUUUAUCUCACGAAUUCCAGAAGAAAGCUUACUUCUACCAAAAUAUAUUGGACAAACUUUACAAUACAAGCUCGUUGAAGGAUCAUUUCCGCCAAUCGGAAAUUUUGGCAUUCGGAAGGGAUGAUAAAGGAUUGUUGGUUCAUUUUAAUCUUCAUCUAAUUGUAGACGAAAGCAAUUCUAUCACCGCUACUGAUCUUUAUGUUGUGUUAAUCGAGGAAGUGAGAAAACGCAAAUCCGUCCUAUUAAAAGGGAUUAGGAUCGAUUACGAAUCGAUACACAUCGAAGAAAGAGUCCCAGGUGACCAUACGCCCACGGUUUGGACCUUACGGAGGCAUUAUCCUGGUUAUUUAGAGACUCCAACCACGACUCAAAUAACUCCCGUGCUUGAUGUUCGUAAAUGCAUUGCUCUACACAUCGAUUUUUGUACUACGCUACCCUACAAUCAAACCUCUUAUCCUAAUUUAGUUGGACACGAAUCUGUCAAAGAGGCAACUCAUGAAUUAGUGAGAUUUCGCCAGAUAGUUGAUUUCGAAUGUUAUCCCUUUGCACAAGAAUUAAUUUGCCAAUUGCUACAACCCGACUGUAAAGAUAAUAAGUUGACAUAUCCGUGCCGCGAUUUCUGCGAAGAGUUUUUAGAUUCGUGUAGAUCGAUGCUGAGGCCAACGGUUGUUGAAAGUAUUAAUUGCACCCAAUUCCCCAAACCGCCCGAUCAAUGUAGAGAUAAAACAGGUAACAUAAUUCGACCGCUAAAAUGACUCGUCUGAAUAACAGGAAGAGG